GGCCGCCAAGGCACAUGAGAAAGUGAAUGGAAACCAUUGGCGCCCAACUCUUUUGCUCCUCAGAAUCUUCGACGAUUUUCUCCUCUUCCAAUCACUCCUUUACUCUCUAUAAAUAUUUUCCUGCGCAUUCAUGGCUUCCGAUGAAAAAUGACAAGAUUUACGGCCCCAGAUCAAACUCAUCAUUCUCCUUUUUCCGCGGCCAAAUGGGUAGUUCUCACAUCUUGCGCGGUUCUGCUCGGAGUGGCGCUCGCUGCAGAUUUCCUCUGGGCUUCUUCUUCCUAUUCUUCCUCUGCGUAUUCCUUGAUUGCUUCUAAUUUGGUGCUUGAUAAAGCUGGGACCUUUGUUGUACCAGAUGCCACCGCCAAUGAAGCUAAUGUGAAAGGAGUUGUGAAAGAAACAAAGGAACGUGCUCCGCAGAGGUUAUUGUCUGGAACUUUUGCUGAUAUAGCUGCACCUGAAUUACCAUGGGAGCCUAUGCCACCAGCACCCGUGCCUCGUCUAGACGGAGCUUCAGCUCAGAUUAAGAAUCUCUUUUACGUGUUUGCGGGAUAUGGAACUAUUGACUAUGUGCACUCUCAUGUUGAUAUAUUCAAUUUCACUGACAACACAUGGGUGGGAAGGUUGGAUACUCCGAAAGAGAUGGCGCAUUCCCAUUUGGGAGUGAUCACUGAUGGAAGAUACAUAUAUGUGGUAUCAGGCCAAUAUGGUCCUCAAUGCCGAGGGCCCACAGCUCGUGCAUUUGUGCUGGACACGGAGACAAAGAAAUGGAGCAGUUUGCCCCCAUUACCUUCCCCUCGGUAUGCUCCAGCAACUCAACUGUGGAGAGGCAGACUCCAUGUGAUGGGUGGCAGCAAGGAAAACCGCCAUACACCCGGCACAGAGCACUGGAGUCUUGGUGUGAAGGAUGGAAAAGCAUUGGAGAAAGUGUGGCGGAAAGAAGUACCCAUACCACGCGGGGGACCUCACAGGGCUUGUGUAGUGUACAAUGAUCGCCUUUUCGUAAUUGGUGGUCAAGAGGGUGAUUUUAUGCCCAAGCCUGGGUCACCAAUUUUCAAAUGUUCACGCAGGCACGAGGUGGUUUACGGUGACGUUUAUAUGUUGGAUGACGAAAUGAAAUGGAAAGUUUUACCUCCUAUGCCAAAACCAGACUCUCACAUAGAGAGCUCUUGGGUACUUGUCAACAAUUCUAUCAUCAUCACCGGCGGAACAACAGAAAAGAACCCGGUGACCAAAAGGAUGAUCCUCGUAGGCGAGGUCUUCCAAUUUCGCUUAGACACCAUGACUUGGUCAGUGAUCGGAAGGCUUCCCUACCGGAUAAAAACCACGUGCACCGGUUUCUGGAACGGUUACUUGUAUUUCACGUCUGGACAGCGGGACAGGGGACCGGAUAAUCCACAGCCUAGGCAGGUCCUUGGAGAUAUGUUUAGGGCCAAGUUGCGUUUGUAGUCCAAUUUUGUCACCUCAACCAUUCACACCUCCUUGGUUGCUAAUCGGAUCAUUUUUGUCGAUCUUUUUUUCUCUACCUAGAUCGUUGUUCGAUAGAUGUUACUUUCGAACUUGUGUUCGCAAUUAUAUACGAAAACUGUGAGUAAUCAAAUUUGCCUUUCAUUUUUCAUUCA